ACAAUUAAGAUGGCGGCGCACACGAGAUGGGCAAUGUGCAACUGGCUACGGACGGCGAAAAAUACAACUUUUAUUCGAUUUCCAGAGAAGACUGGUAUUUCAUACCACACCCAGAUUCAGAGGCGAGUCCUUUCUGAACCCCCGACCAGAAGCACACACGUCUCAAUAAGACAGGUAUCCAUCCAGACUGAAGACACCCCAAACCCAAGAAGCUUGAAGUUUCUCCCAGAUAAACCGGUUUUAGGACGCGGGACGCUGGAUUUUCCCUCACAGAGCUCAACGGACUGUUCAUCUUUAGCCAGAGACCUCUUUGAAAUCGAAGGAGUGAAAAGUGUCUUCUUUGGCCCGGACUUCAUCACCGUCACUAAAAUAGACGAGGACUUGGAGUGGACGGACAUCAAGCGCAAUGCCCUGGAGGCCAUGGCGAAAUUCUUUGAGAGUGGCGACCCCAUCACAACAGGAGAAGUGCACCCAGAAAGUAGUGUCUCUGAGGAUGACGACGAAGUGGUCUUGAUGAUUAAGGAGCUUCUCGACACCAGAAUCAGACCGACGGUGCAGGAGGACGGCGGAGACGUGGUCUUCAAGGGCUUCGUGGACGGCACGGUGCAGCUGAAGCUGGUGGGCUCCUGCACGGGAUGCCCCAGCUCCACAGUGACCCUGAAGAACGGCAUUCAGAACAUGAUGCAGUUCUACAUUCCCGAAGUAGAGGCGGUGGAACAGGUGGAAGAUGAAGUGGACGAAGUCAACGCGAAGGUUUUCUCAGCGCUAGAACGCAAAUUACAAGAGUAAUUAUGAAGUUGGUUGACCGAUGUGCUCAUUGAUCAUCUCCCCGCUUCACAAAGAAGACAAAUGUUGCUGUGUGUUUACCUGUGCUCGCUUCUUAAGAGUUAACAUGAUCGUUUUCACUUUUCCCCACAGAAAUGUUAUCACAUCAAGCUAAGGAUGCUAAUGUGCUGUGAAAAGUCCCAUUUUUGCAUAAUGUAAUCAGGGAAAAAAAAAAAAGGUCAAUUUUGUUAAGUGGCGCCUGCGAUCCUGCAAAUGUUGUAUUUAUUUUCACUGUAAAAAUACUGUAUUUUGUAAAGCUUUUGCACGUUGGUGUCAUGCAGAUUGAAGAUGAUACAAUGCCUGAUUUCAUAAUGGAACAGAUCUAUUUGGAAAUUAGCGGAAGUAGGAGCAUAGAUACUAAAAAGAACAUUUACAAUUAACAGUAUUGUAAUAAUUCCUCAUGUCCACUGCAUCCCAAUAAAGUUCACAGUCUAAUAUGACAUUGUAAUCGAACCUAAAGAAAAGCCCCCCCAACGCCCCUCCCUGCUUUUUCCCUCAUUUUGGGAGCAUUAUGAGUCAUCAUUUAUUUUAGUUCACAGGUCACAUUCAUUCCAAUUUAAUCUCGAGUGAGCUGAACCAGUAUAUUUGUGGUUUAAAAAACAAUAAAGAUUACAUUUUUCCCCCA